AUGAACCUCCUAAUCAAAUCUUUCUGCCAAAGCCGCCGAUACUUACAAUCCCUUUUUCUUUACAAGAAACUCCUCUCCAUUUCAAAACCCGAAAUCUCUACGUUCUCUUCAAUUCUCAAAUCAUGUUCUUCUCUGUCAUCUCUUGAUUCCGGACUCGUGAAUCAUGGGUACUUGAUCAAAUGCGGGGUUUUAGAUAGUUGUGUUGAUGUUGGGAAUGAUCUACUGUGCAUGUAUUUGAAGCUUAGAGAAUUUCGUGAUGCUCAUAAGGUGUUCGAUGAAAUGCCGAUGAGAAGCAACAACGAUGUGUUUGAUCAUAUGAUACAUGAUCUUGGAAGCAACCACGCGUAUGAUGAUGUAGUGAUUGCUUUUGAGAACAUGGUCGAGUUUUCUAUCUUCCCAAAUGUACAUUCUCUUUGUCACGUAAUCAAAGCUUGUAGCAAUUUAAACAGUGUCAAAAAAGGGAAUUUUGUACACGAUUUCAUCAAACAAAAUGGGUUCGAAAAUCAUCUCCUCAUAAUGAAUUCCUUGAUAUCAAUGUACGCCAAAAUGGGGAGACUGGAUCUUGCUCAAAACGUUUUCAACAAUAUGAUUCAUAAAGAUAUAGUCUCAUGGAACUCAUUGAUUACAGGAUACUCACAAAACCAAAACUCUCCCAAAGUCUUUGACCUUUUUAAAUCCCUAAAACAAGCCAAAAAUCCAAUCCCAAAUGUUGUCACAUUCUUAGCUUUACUUUCAAGUGUCAGAGAAGUUACUAUUGGAACAACUAUUCACAGCCACUUGAUCACUAUUGGUUUAUACUCCAAUCUCCAAUUAGGAACUGCUAUUUUCAACAUGUAUGCAAAAUGUGAAAGGCUUGAUUAUGCCCUAAUCGUAUUUGAACAAAUAAACAAGACUUUAGUAUCAUGGAACACUUUAAUUUCAGCCUACAAACAAAAAGGGUAUGCACAAGAAGCUGUAGAUAUCUAUGAACACAUGUUAAUGGAACCCGAUAUGAAACCAGAUUCUUUCUCAUUUGCUAAUGUGCUUCCUGCUUAUGCGAAUCUUGGAAACCUUAAAAGAAUCAAAUCGAUCCAUUCAAUGAUUAUCAAACAGGGUGUAAACAUAGGUCAAGAUGUUGUUUUAUGUACUUCAAUCUUGGAUGCAUAUGGAAAGUGUUCAGAUGUGAAAGCAGCCGAGUUUUUAUUUUUAUUCCAUUGCAUUCAGAAACCAAAUACUGCAUCAUGGAAUGCAAUGAUUUCUGUAUAUAAUACGAACAACAAAAUCAAGAACUCAAUGGUUGUUUUUCAAGAAAUGAUUUGUAGUAAAGUGUUAAUGGAUUGUAUAACAAUGGUGACAAUCUUUCAAUCAUGUGGACAAAUGGGAUUACUAAAAGAAGGUAAUAUGAUCCAUAAAUUUAGUCUCAUGAAAGGGUUUUGUUCGUAUCUUAUUGUUGGGAAUGCUUUGAUAGAUAUGUAUAUGAGAUGUGGAAGCAUAAAAAACGCUGAAAUUUUCUUUGAUUUGAUGUCUUUAAGGAAUAUUGUGACAUGGAAUACUAUGAUUUAUGGUUAUAUGAAAGGUGGAUGUUUUUCCAUGGGUGUUAGAUUCUUUCAUCAUAUGCAAUUAGAGUAUAAGCCGGAUUCUGUAACGAUUAUUUCUUUACUUCAGGGUAACUCGGGUAGUUUUCUUGAGAUGUUUCAUGGUUAUAUAUUGAAACUUGGGUUGGAUUUUGAGACACAAAUUAUCAACAUUUUGAUUGAUUCAUAUGCAAAGAUUGGAAAUGUAGAGAAGGCUCAAGAAUUGUUUGAAAGAAAUGAUUUCAAACGAGAUCAAACCUCAUGGAACAUAAUGAUUGCAGCAUAUGGAAUGAAUGGUCAAGGGAUCGAAUCUUGUAAACUUUUCACCAAAAUGCACGAAAACGAAUACAGACCGGAUACAAUUACAUUCACCUCUCUCCUCUCAGCUUGCAGUCACUGCGGGCUAAUUGAAGAGGGGUGUAAGUUUUUUGACCUAAUGGUCACUAAAUACAAGAUUCAACCAAGCAUGGAACAUUUGACUUGCAUUAUAGACAUGUUAGGACGCGCUAAUAGUUUAAAGGAAGCGUAUGAUUUAAUGAAAAAUAUGAAUUAUCAAAAACCCGUAUUGGGAGCUCUCUUGAGUGCGUGUAGAACUAACAUGAACAUGGAGGUUGGGGAGCUUGUGGGGAGGAAAUUGUUGGAAAUGGAGUCGGAUAGUUUUGAGUAUCACUCAUUGCUUUCGAAUUUGUACUCGUUAAAUGAUAAAUGGGAUGAAGUAGUGGAAAUUCGGAGGGUUUUUGGAAAUGGGAAAGUGGUGAAGAAGUUGGGGUUGAGUAGUUUGAAUAGUUGA